CAUUCUGUGCAGCGACUGAGCUGGUCGGAGUGAAUUAACGCAUAAUACAUUGUAGAUAGCCUCGGACACCCAUCGCUCGUGAUACAAUGGAGGAAAUCAAAGAGAAGUUUGUUGGAACAUGGAAGAUGGUCAGAAGUGAAAACUUCGAGGAAUUCCUUGCGGAAGUCGGAGUGAAUUUCUUGAUUCGGAAGAUGGCAGCAUUAGCGAAGCCUACAACUAUUAUUUCUGUGGAUGAAGAGACAAUCACCAUAGAACAGAAAACUGGGAUACGAGACAAAGUGGAAAAUUUCAAAUUAAAUGAGGAAUUUGAAAAAGAGAUGGAAGGCACAAAAAUGAAGUGUGUGGCUGUGUAUGAGGACGGUAAGAUCAAGUACACCAACACCCCCGUAGAUCCAGAUUCUACCGUAAAACCUCAGACAGUCUACAGGGGGCGUUUUGGAGAGGAGCUAUUGGUACAAAUUGAAUGCGGAAAAGUGGUGUGCAAACGUUAUUUCGAGCGAGUUACCACUGCGUGAGAUGAAAAUUCUGUUGUUCAAUUGUUGUAGAAAUUGUACGCAUAAUAAAAUCAGAUUUUAUGUGUUUAUGUAAUUUGCGAAAAGAGAAUUGCGCAUUGUAAUGAUUAUUAAUGUACUUAUCAUUGUGAAGGUAGUAUAUACCAAACACUUCCAUUGGAGUUUCCAUUUUAGCAGCUUUUGGUUUUGGGAUUAUUUUUACGAACUUGAUAUCAAAAUAAUACGCGUGGGGGAUUUUCGCGAUCAAAAGGAUGCAUGCAUUCUAUCUUACAUCAUAUGUCAGCUAUGUACUCUAUUCUGUCAUACUUAUUUCACCUGUAACAUGUAGUUAAAAACUGUUUCCAUUUAACAAACUUUUUUGCGUAAUGGAUUCGGCAUCAGGCAAACAUCUCCAAACAGUUCCAGUAUUGUAUAGUUAAUUAAACAAAAUAUACAAAAAAGAAUUAUAUUCCCUGAAUGUUCUUAAAAAUAGCUGCUAUGUUCUACAUAUAGGAAUAUCAAAUAUCAAGUGAAUAUCUAGUCAUCUUUAGUUGACAUCUAGUCAUCCUCAAUGGAUAUCUAGUCAUCCUUAGUAAAUAUAUCGCCAUCCUCAAGUGGAUAUAUAUUCAUCCUUAGUGAAUAUAUCGCCAUCCUCAAUGGAUAUCUAGUCAUCCUUAGUGAAUAUCUCGCUAUCCUAAGUGGAUAUAUAGUCAUCCUUAGUAAAUAUAUCGCCAUCCUAAGUGGAUAUCUAGUCAUCCUUAGUAAAUAUAUCGCCAUCCUAAGUGGAUAUCUAGUCAUCCUUAGUAAAUAUCUCGCCAUCCUUAGUGGAUAUCUAUUCAUCCUUAGUAAAUAUCUCGCUAUCCUAAGUGGAUAUCUAGUCAUCCUUAGUAAAUAUAUCGCCAUCCUAAGUGGAUAUCUAGUCAUCCUUAGUGAAUAUCUCACCAUCCUUAGUGGAUAUCUAGUCAUCCUUAGUGAAUAUCUUUUGUUUACAGGAACAUAGAAAAUGGAUGUACAACAUAUAUUAAGCAUUGUUGAGAAGACAGUAUCAUCAGAAAGAGAUUACAAAUAGGUUCCUUAUAUAGUUUAGUAUCGGAGGUGCAACUGUUAUAACGAUACCUUACUGCCGUACACAUUGUAAAUAUAGUUAAUGUCUUAAAUGUAUCAUACAAAUUACACAAAUGGCAGUACCUUUAAGUAUGAAAUUAUUAAUUGUAAGGGAAGAUCAUAGACGAUGCCCAACCUAUCUUUCUAAUACCAAGGGCCCCAAUCGUGCUGAAUGUAUCUUUCAGUUACAUUUCACAAUUACCGUUGUCGUAACUAUUCCGAAACGUUACAAUCAUUAAAGCAUCUUUCCAUCGUUUAACUUUAAAUAUUUGAUGUUGUUUCGUUUCUGCCUAUUUUUUACUCAUUAUGUUAGGCCCUAAUGACUUUAAUAAUGUAGAUGUACCGUUAAGAAUUCAUAGCUAACUAACUAACUUUCAAGCAUUCAUAAACUAUCUAGUAAAAUUCAUAUAAGAAAAACCUCAUAUUCAGACAAUGUAUCACUGUUUUGGAGAGACGGAGGAAUUGAAGGGUCGAUAGGACUGCAUCUGAAAUGUUUUAGCAUUGUUUUGAUAACUAGCUUGAUGUAAUUACAAAGAAUAAUAAAUCACACAAAUAAAUA